AUGAGCUUAAAAGCAUAUAUUGUGCAGCAGUUUAGGGAGAUUAUAUGGUAUUCCUUAGAUAAUGGGCUAUUAUCAAAUGCAACAUUCAUUGCAGAGAGGCUUUACGUUUAUGAUACAAGCAAUGCAGAUGCAAAACAUCUUUUUUCUCUGUGUUUACUAAGAUCAGGACGAUAUUUAACGGUUUUAUAUAUGACAGAGGGUGUAAAACAUGUUGGUUGCGCGUAUAUAUAUGCUCUUGCAUGUUUGCAACUGGGGAAAUGUAAGCAAGGAAUUGCAGCAUUAGAAGCAGUUUCGUCUCAAUGGACGAAAAGUAAUUAUAUGUAUCAGCAUGAUGAUCUGUAUCGUUCUCAUUUACCUGAUGCAGCAGCAAUUUUUUGUCUUUUAGGGCAUUUGAGUAAGAAAGGUGGAAUGAUGAAGAAAGCAACGGACUAUUAUAUUUGUUCAGUGAAAUUGAACCCAUUUCUUUGGGAAGCAUUUGAUGGACUUUGUGCAUUGGGAUGCAAUCUUCAUGUGAAAAAUAUAUUUAAAGCGACAGCGGGAAUGCAGGCAGCGCGUUUAAAAGCACAAAAUAUCCCUGUUCAGACAAAUAUCUUGAAAAAUAUGGAUUCCUAUAUGUCUCAAAAUAUUGAUACAGAGGCACAAUCGAUGAAUCAUACGGUUCAGACUCCUGAUAUAUUUAAUUCUCAGAAAAAUCAUACACCUCCAUUUGCAUCUCAUUGCCAACAGUCCUCGUUUUUAGAUCGUUUAGAAAUGGUGGAAACUCCUGGAUCUCCAACACAGCAAGUAGAUUCGUCUGAAAUAGCUCAUGGUUUCUUAGACCAUUCUAUUUCUACUUCAUCUAGUUUUAUUAGUCCUCCUAAUUUUUUAGAUACUAAAAUUCGAUUAAAUCAAACUAAAGCAAAUCCUACGAUUCGAAGUAAUAUUGAUAAAGAUCUUCCUAAGAGUUCUACCCCAAUUGAUAUUCCCCAAAGAAGAAGUCAGCGUCAUUUACCUAAUGCUUCAAAAAUUGCAUCAAAAUUAGUAUCUACAACAUCGUCAAUCAGAGACAGUCGAAAAAAUAAGUCACAAAAUAGUCGUUCAAAGCAAGAGGAAAUUCCACAAUCUUCAAUAAUUCAAAUACCUGGCUCAAAUCAAUCUUGUUUUCAGUAUGGUCAAAAGCCAAAUGGUCAAACUGUCAUGUCUCUUGUAGAGCGAAUUGAAGCAGAAACAUGUUUAUUAGAUUUAUGCAAAUCCAUUGCUGAUGGAUGUCAUGCUCUUGCUAAAUAUGAUGGAGCAAAGGCCAUUGAAUGUUUUAAAUCUUUACAACCUGCUUCUCAACGUAAUUCUGUUUUUGUUCUUAGUAAAAUCGGUAGAGCAUACUUUGAAAUGGUGAAUUAUGAUGAAGCUGAGAAAUAUUUCUAUCGUCUUCGAAAAGCUGAUCCUACAAGGGUAGAAGAUAUGGAGAUAUAUUCUACUGUUCUUUGGCAUCUUAGAAAAGAAGUUGAAUUAAGUUUUUUGGCUCAUGAAAUACUUGAUUUAGAUCGUCUUGCUCCCCAAUCAUGGUGUAUUAUUGCAAAUUGUUUUAGUUUACAAAGAGAACAUGAUCAUGCAUUAAAAUGUAUUCGCAGAGCAAUACAGUUAAAUCCAAAUUUCGCAUAUGCAUAUACUCUUGAAGGGCAUGAAUAUGUUGCAAAUGAAGAAUAUGAAAGAGCACAAACAUCUUUCCGUAAUGCAAUGAGGGUCGAUAUGAGACAUUAUAAUGCUUGGUAUGGAAUUGGUAUGGUAUUUCUUAGAGUUGGUAAAAAUGAUCUCGCGAUGUAUCACUUUAGGAAAGCUGCAGAAAUAAAUCCGACUAACGCUGUUUUAUUAUGUUGCAUUGGCAUGAUCGUGGAGCGCAAUAAAGAUUUUCCUGAAGCAUUACAAUUAUAUAAGAAGGCUUCCGAACUUGCGCCAACUAGCGCUCUUGCCAGAUUUAAGAAAGCUAAAGUUCUUGUUUGUCUUCGACAAUAUCAUUUAGCUUUAAAGGAAUUACUUUUUUUAAAAGAUUUGGCUCCAGAUGAAGCAAAUGUUCAUUUUCUCUUGGGAAAAUUAUAUAAACAAUUAGGAGAUAAACCAAGUGCAAUGAGACAUUUAACAGUUGCUCUUAAUCUUGAUAAUAGAGCCAGUCAUUUGAUUAAAGAAGCUAUUGAAUCUAUUGAUGAGCCAGAAGAAAAUUUGCUUGGUGAAACGGGAGAGGUUUAUAAAAAUUUAGACAGAGAAGAGUAA